AUCGAGAUUAUUGUGACAGUUUUGCAUACACUUUGACUUCCUCCACAUCUCAUUCCCCUCCCGCACAUCCCUCCCCCUCCCUCCACCUAAUUUUUCCUCCUCCUUCACGGACCGCACCGCUGACCGCCGCACCCCUUGACGCCUCGACCGGAGUCACGGUAGAGACAACCGGCCCCAUGCACCUUCUGAACGCGUCCCUAUUUUCUGUCACACGGCACGGCACUGGUUCGCCGCAUUUCUUUAAUUGCGCACUCCUGGUGGGGACCUCCUCGAUGCAGCAUUCUUUCCGGCUGAAAAGCCCACAGUAGCAGGAGGCUGCACGAGCGCUCCGUCGGAGCUCGAGGACAACAACAUCAUGAGGUUAGCGGUUUUCCUGUCCCUCAUCCUGUCGGUGUCCUGCCCGCUGUCUCUCGCCGCCAUUCCCGGUAAGAAACCUGACAUUCGACUUAUUUUCACUACAAAUGCCUCCUGGUAUACACAUCCAACACAGAAUCGAUAGCUUAUGAGAGUUUGUCAAUAUUAAUAUCACUUUCAGACCAUGAGGUGAAACAUUUACGUUGGGUUAAAAUGUGAAUUUGCUCCUCCGCACAAUCCACGAAUACCACGGCAGACCAAAGUGCAACCUUCACUUCUGCUGCAAAUAUUUCCAAACGUGUUUACUGUUACGAUGUUGCGCAGUACAAUCAGGUAUAGCGAGUUAUUUUGUACCCUUUAAGAGUGGUAGUUGAGUCCGAAGAUAAAAAUGUAAGUAGGUUUCUUGUGUCAGCUGUUUUUUUUUCUGUGUGUAGUUAAAAUGCAACAGCACCAACUACUCAACUAAUAACUAUUAAGUUAUCUAUAAUUGUGUACUUCUGCAUCAGUCAGGUGAGCCUUUGACAAUCAGGGCCUUUAUAGUGUGCUUACUUUGAAGCCCAUGGGUCAGCAGUACAUACAGGACACCUUGCAUAACUCAAUGAGUCCCUUAAUAAAUACACAUGGGGGUGGGGGUUGUCUAGUGGGAUUGAAAUGUCAUGUAGCAAAUUGCUUUGGGUGAUUUAAUGUUUGCUCGCACACUUAAUGUAUUCAUUCAUGGUGAUGUCAGGCAGAUGUACAGCCAGAGGAGAAACCAGCUGUAGGUUAAAGGUCCGUGCAACUCCUUACCACAAACAUAGAGUCCUGCUCUUGGUUUCCCUCUGCUCUUGGUUUCCCUCUCUAUCUGACAUUAUACCUGUCCUUCAUUGUCAAUAUUACUGUCUGUGUCCCACUGGAGACAUCAUAUUGCCUCAGGCAGACUCAUGUGCUGUGUACUCAGCUUCUGGACAGGGUUAUGUUAUCUCUGCCAUCUCUGCAUCCAGUGCAGAGCCGUAUCAGUCACUCCUAAUCCUGUCCUGUGGCUAAGAUAGAUACAGUUCCCAAAGAUAGACUUCAUGGGGGAAUACAGUGAACUUCUUUGACAUUUCAUUGUUUUCUUUAUUUGUUGCAUUUGUGCUACGUUUGUUCAGGCACAUCAUGGAACAUAAGUUAGCUUUUACUUAUAUUAUUAUCUUAUUAUUGUUAUUUUAAGGGUUAUUAGGCAUAACUAUAGAUACCACAAGUGCCCGCUGUAGUUAAGCCAGAGUUGGAGUACUUUGUUUUGUUAGAGUUUCAUACAUCAAUUAACAUCUUUUUGUACUUACCCCCAGUCUUCUUUAUGCUGCAGUAAACAUAUAGCACACUGGUACUGGUUUGUAUUCCUCUUCUUUCAGCCCCAAAUGAGUUUGUGUCCCUGGCGGAGAUGGAGGACGCUCUCCUGAAGAACCUUUUCCAAGGCUACCAGCGCUGGGUCAGACCCAUCCAACAUGCCAAUGACACCAUCAGAGUGCGCUUUGGGCUCAAGAUCUCUCAGCUGGUUGAUGUGGUGAGAACAUACCUGCAAGCACAAACAUAUCACCGGUUUAUUUUGAAACAUGUUGUCUUUGUUAGCCUUUACCUUUGCUCAGAUCUCAACCAAAAUAUUCACUUUCAGAACUAGUAAAUCCAUCAGUACAAGAAAUUGUUCAGUUUUCCAUGAUACACUUCGACUUUAUUGAAAUUGUCACUCUCAUAGAAAUGUUCAUUCACUUUAAGUUAUCAAGUGUCUUGUCCUGAUGUUUUGGAACACUUUAAUCUCGAUGAUAACAUCUUUUUGUAUUGUGAUUACUCUGGUUGUAAUAAUAAUCAUAUAAGUCUCAGAAAACUAUUUUUCAUAAUGUCGAUAAAUCAAACAGCAAACAGACACAAAUAUAUAUAAACCACAGAUUAAGAUAGGUAGAUGGAUAGAUACUUAUUUGAAACAAAGUCCUGAUAAAAAAAAAUCUUAAAUCAAAUGUUGCUUUGGUUGGUCUUUGUUUAUUGUGUAGUUUAAGCCCUGCAUAGCUGCGGUCCAUGAUGCUCAAACCAAACAAGCUGUUGGCAGCUUCACAGAGUGGAGCUUUCCGUGGUCCUGAAAUAGAUCUGUACACUCUCCUCACAUCUCCAACCAUGCAGUUUCUCUCCGGAGUGUUCCUUUAAUAUUUCAGGGGCUGCCUGUGAUAGGUGAGGGUGGUUUAUGUGUUCAAAAGGAGAAAACAUAGGAUGCUAAUGGAAGAACCACUCUUCUCAGCUUGAAAUAUUCAUCUACUUUGGUUUUUUACUCUUCAUCAUUUCAGCUAACAGCCAUGUAAAGCAAAAAAUAUCAGAGAUGAGUCCUAUCAAGACUCUGUAGGGAGAAAAGAUUUAGGUGGAUGCUCUUUCUGGUUUCAGAAAAGAGAGCAGGAAGGAGGAAUAACAGCAGCUUAGCUUCACCAUGAAUGUCCCCAGAGUCUAACGCUGCUGCACAGCUCUGUAUUAGAUCAUGGUUCACCUCUGCUUUAUGUGACCACCAAAAUAUCCAACUCAGUUUGACAGCCAAGGCCUGGUCUGGAGAAGCUGCAUCUUUGUGUUUCUCUCAAGUCCCUUAUUUUCACAACUCUAUUCCAGUGAUGUGGAAAUAAACCUGAGUUCACCACUCCCCAUCUAUCUAUUCCUGUCCUCUACUAUUUAUCUCUUGCUGCAUUUAUAUUGCUUCAGCAGGAUUCACUGCACCCACUCUGGCUUCAUGUUUCCUUUGGUUGUUUGUUAAGGAAGUAGCAGAGACAGGUAAAUGAGAUUUUUGUCUAAUUUCGUGGAGAAAGGAAAGCACUGUUUAGUGAACUUUCAGCCAACCUUCUCAUCUAGUCCUCUAAUUAGAUCUUACAUCAUGAUGGAGGCACCCUAGGCAGAAGAGGUAAACAAGUUGCAUCAUUUUCAGCUUGAAAAAAGGCAGCCAUAUUAGCAUAUUUGUCAUCUAUUUUCCUGUGUGUGGAUAUUUGAUAUAUCCUCUGGACUACAAACUUGACAUUAGCAGUCCUCCUCAAACUGCUUUAAAAAUACUCCAUGAGGAAUGAAAAUCAUUCACACAUAGGUUUCUUUUUAUGUUUUAACCUUUCCUUCCUUUCAAAAUAUUCUUAUUAUUUCUGUUGUUUUGUCUGUCUUAGGAUGAAAAGAACCAGCUGAUGACGACAAAUGUUUGGCUCUGCCAGGUAAGAAAGUCACAGUAAGGUCAGAGAAAACGUCAGAGUAUUACAGAAAAAGAAACAGGCUAUGGACUGACACAGCUUGUUAUAAAGAAGACAUAGAUUACUUUGUGUUUUACAUAAAUAUAUAUACUAGAAAAUUAGCUUUCCACUUGUUUCUGAUUUGUAUAACACAGCUAACAGCAUUUAACAGAAUUUUCACAAAAAAAAUUGCAAAAUUUCCUCAGAAGUCAUAGUUUUAGUCAAAUCUAAAGACUGAUUGAGAGUGUAUAAUGCAGAAUUUCUUUGUCUCUGUACACAAAGAAAGCUCAGUUUUUUUUAAGUUACGGGGAUGUAAGUCCUCCGAUACUUAGUUUUGUGUCUUGUGUAUGAUCACCAGGAGUGGAUCGAUUACAAAUUGCGAUGGAAUCCAGAGAAGUACGGAGGAAUUACGUCUAUUAGAGUUCCCUCUGAAAACAUCUGGCUACCAGACAUCGUCCUCUAUGAAAAGUGAGACCCACUCAGAUAUUUGAAUGACUAUGACAAAACUGUCAAUUUUCCUGUCAAACUGAACAGUUUCUGGUCUUGUCCAUUCAUUGUCAUAAUUGCUGCUCAUAUGACCUUUCUUGACUGCUUUGACUUAUUGAUUGAAGAGUUUAGAACAAUGGCUGAAAAUGUAAAUAAGUGCUACAAUCUUCAGUUAAAUUAAUGAUUUGAUGUAAACUCAGUUUUUUUUUUUUUUUGUCUUUUUCAGUGCUGAUGGGAGGUUUGAGGGCUCCUUGAUGACCAAAGCGAUUGUCAGGUACAAUGGCGCCAUCACCUGGACACCACCUGCCAGUUACAAAUCUGCCUGCACUAUGGAUGUCACAUUCUUCCCUUUCGACCGGCAGAAUUGCACGAUGAAGUUCGGCUCCUGGACGUACGAUGGUCACAUGGUGGACCUGAUUCUUAUUGACAAACAAGUUGACAGGAAGGACUUCUUUGACAAUGGGGAGUGGGAGAUCCUCAGUGCCACUGGUGCCAGAGGGAACAGGAAGGAUGGCAUGUACUCGUACCCCUUUAUCACAUACUCCUUCAUCCUGAAGAGGCUGCCGUUAUUUUACACUCUCUUCCUCAUCAUCCCUUGUUUGGGUUUGUCCUUUCUGACUGUGCUGGUCUUUUACCUUCCAUCAGAUGAAGGCGAGAAGCUGUCACUUUCUACCUCUGUACUCGUGUCACUCACUGUGUUCCUUUUAGUCAUAGAAGAAAUCAUCCCCUCCUCUUCCAAGGUGAUCCCACUCAUUGGAGAGUACCUCCUCUUCAUCAUGAUCUUUGUCACACUCUCUAUUAUCGUCACAGUCUUUGUCAUCAAUGUGCACCACCGCUCCUCGGCCACCUAUCAUCCCAUGUCCCCAUGGGUUCGCAAUCUCUUCCUUCAGAAACUGCCUAGGUUGCUUUGCAUGCGUGGACAUACUGAUCGCUACCACUAUCCAGAGCUAGCUCCUGAGAGCCCUGACCUGAAGUCACGCUCAGGAGGUCGGAGUCGAGGCCAGAAGGGCAAUAGCGGAGCCCACGGUCAAACCACAUCUGAUGGGAAGGAGGACGAAGCCUGGGCAACCAUGCUUGACCAGGCUAUCUACUCAGUGCGCUACAUUAGCAGACAUAUCCGCAAGGAACAUUUUAUCCGCGAGGUGGGUUGAGACGAAUGGAUAAACUAAUGAUUCAAGUAUAUACGAGGGGUACAUUUAUACAUUUGAUGACAUCUCCUGUUGAUUCUGUUUUCACAGGUGGUACAAGAUUGGAAGUUUGUGGCCCAGGUGUUGGACAGAAUCUUCCUCUGGGCUUUCCUCACUGUCUCAAUACUUGGCACUAUCCUAAUUUUCACUCCAGCUUUGCAAAAGUUUAUGAAAAUCCCUCCUCCAACUGCAAGUGAAGAGCCACCUUCAACUUAGCGGCAGUAACGCACCUUCCACAAAAAAACUGAUGAUCCUCAUGUGGUACUAAAGACUUUCUGAUACCUUUUUUACCCCCUUUCUUUUGCCCAUUUCAAUGUUCAGUAUAAGUAUUGGCUGACACCAAAUACCCCGUCUAUUCCAGUGCAAUAAAAAGUAUGCAUAAGUUAUCGCAGAUUUGUCAAGUCUACAAGCUUAGAGACAUUUAAUAUGAAAUUCACUGGCACCGCACUCUUGCUUUGUGCUAAUGUCAGUUGAUUGUUUCAGUUGACUUUUAAAGGAGAGGGCUUGUCAAAAUUGUAUCAGAUUUAUCAUUGAUUUGCUUAAGUACUGAUAGUCAAUACCCAUGUUUCCACUGUAGAGAGAAAGUCCCCACAGGUGCUUUUCAGAGACUUACAAUGCUUUCAAUUGUAUAGGUGUAGAUUCCUUCCCUAGAUUCACUGUGUAGAUUCAAUGAAGAUUUAAGCUUUACUCAAACAAUGACUUUAGUGUUUUGUUUAUUUAAUCAGUGAGACAAUCAUCGUUAAAUUGGCGCAGCCUGUGUUACAAUUGUGACCAUUACGAAACGUCAUAUUGUUCACUGAGUGGCUUUAAAUAGCAUGCAACUAUCAGUGCACUAGAUCACAUCUGCAGGUCAUUUAAAGCCAAAAUGCACUGAAACAUAAAAAAUUUGGCAAAUAGAAGAACAAAAAUUAGUACAUCAAUUAAAAAUUGCUUCAUUGAAUUUCUGAGCUGACCUCUCUGUUAUUAUUCCAAGUAAUUUUGGUGUACUUUAUGUGAAAGACAUUGCGGCCUUUCGGUUGGUUACACCAGAUUUCCUUUUAACUGUAUCCUCAAGCAAAUAGAAAAAUUUAACUUUUAAUUCUUCAAUGUCUUAAUUUACUUAGAAUUACUCUAUCAAAGUAAUAGAACUGGAUUGGGAUGGAUAGUUGUUUCCACAUACAUGAAGCACAAAUUACCUCAGUUACUUUUUAGUUUUGUAUAAUACAAAUGAUUUGAUCUCUAAAGGUACCAACAACUUUUUAACUACCUUUGAUAAAUAUUUAACGAUCUAUGUGCUUGCAAAGUCUUCAAAGACAUUAGCAAAACAUACAGGAAUAUUAAGAUAAUCUUAUUUGUGUUGUAUGUUAACAGUUUGUAAUGUUUUCUUGUCAAUUACCUGUCAAUUAUUGUCUUUGUCUAACGCAGCCUCCUCAUAUACUACAUUUGGAAUAUAAAAGUUAUGCAUCAAUAAAGAUAUAGACACAUUUUAUAUUUAAGUUCCAUUCAGUACCUUCAGUUAAACUUAAAUACAGUAUUUGUAUUAUUCAGGUACACUGUAUUACACUAAUAAAGUUGCUUUGAAUACACUA